CGGCCUCCUCCCGCACGGAAAAUGGGCCAGAGGGUCUCUCACCAGGAGAACAAGGCUGAAACUCUAGUCAUCUGUGAAGUCUUCAGCCAAGGCGUGGUCCAUGCAUCUCAAAGGCUGAAGGACUGUCUUGGUUUCGUGGAUCCUCAGAGCAAAUUCCAGCCAGCCACAAACGUGCUGAGCGAGAUCUUUUUGGUCAACUUCAUCAGCUUCUGCGUGGAAAAGGGAGUGGAGGAACGUAUCACAACCAGCAAAAUGACCAAGCAGCAGUCCUCCCUGUUUGGGGUGGACUGGAUCUGGACUCUGUCUGGAGCUGACAAGCAAAUCCAACCUCAGAUCGCUGUGCAGGCUUUCCAGCUGGCCGAGCUUUUCCGUAGCAAAGGCGGCCCCACUGGGGCGGUAGAGGACUGCUGCCGGGAAGCCGUGUUGGCAGACGAGUGCUUCCAAAACAGGAGCAGGUUUGAGAAGCUGGAGGCAUUCUGGCGCCUGGUGGGACGGGACUGCCUGGGCUUGUUCAUCGUGUUCGGUGUGCCAGGGAAGCCCAAGGACAUCCGAGGAGUCAUGCUAGACAGCAUUGCCAAGGAGGAGCAAAAAUGCUGCCUGUUGGGCAGGAAUGCGCUACGGCAAUUUGUCACUAGUACUGACAGCUUCCUGCCCACAAAAGACAUGUUGGAAAAGUGCCUCUGCACAAAAAACGGGCCGAAGGAGGUGGGCAAUGUGUACAUAAACUUUCUGUAA